AUGCCUGUGUUGCUGAGAAUAGAAGCAAGGAACAACCAGGCCACCGACACCAUCGACGAAGAGAGGGCAGUGAUCCCGGAAGGGCUAAAGAAGCUCAGGACGUCCACGUCGAAGUGGUUUAGCGACAAGACUCUGGCGACAAAGCUACAUUUUCAUGCAAUGAAAAUGAACUUGGAUGAUGUCGUGGAGAAACUCGAGGCAAAAGGUGUCGAUCCUAACCGGGUCUACGAAGUGUUGAAGCUCAACAAGAAGAGUAACCAGAAGAAUCGUGGGUUUUACACUGGCGAAUACAACCUUUGGCAAGAUCUUGCCGGGGCCUAUCAGAUAAAGAACCCCAAGUGGAAGAACAAUUAUGCUUAG